CAGUCAUCGAGCGUCGACGCCACUUUCAUUUAUUAAUAAACUCCUUGUGUUUACGCGCCGCCACGUUUCUCCGAAAUUGUUUCCAAAAAUUUUCGAAUGUUUUUUUUUAACAGUGUGAGACAAAAUGAACAGUUUUAGCGUGAGGGGGUGGUGUUUGUUGAUCCUGUGUUUGUUUGCUGCAUUCGUAACACCAGCUAGAGGCAUUGAGUGUUACCGAUGCAACAAUACGAGUGGUAAACACCAGUUUCAGUGUAAUGAGUUCCUAACAGAUGAUAUCGAUAUGGUACCAGAGUCCUGUGAUGAUGUCUUCGGGGCUCAGUACUGUGUCAAACAUGUGGGACGUUACGAGGGUGGCAUUGGAACAAAGCGUUACUGCUCCUCAGUGCACAUGGGAAACUACUGCAAUUACGCAGAGCAGGUGGGUGACUCCUUGGAAUACAGGACCUGCGUCUACACCUGCUCCUCAGACGGUUGCAAUCCCGGGACUAGGGUCACAACGAGUGCAGGAACAAUAUCCCUAAUUACGAUCUUCACACUCCUCUACACGUUCAGUAGAUGAGCAUGACCAACAAAAUAUUUUAAAAUUCGUCCACAGUCCGUCCUAGAAUAACUGAUAUUUUCAAUGAAUCUCAUUCCGUCCCAAACUAGACAUUAGAAUACAAUUAUUAUUUAGUGCUCUAGGAUUUUUACGAGAUUUUGUACGAACAAUUGUGUAAGGAAUCUACAUGUUGGCAUUCAGCGUAUUAAUUUCAGGGUAUUAGACACUGAUGACGAGCCAUUAGUGCGUGGAUUAUUUAUAGACUUGAAACGACAUCUGAAAAAUAACAUGCCUUCUUCGCAUUACGAAUACUCGACUUCUUUAUUCUUUAAAAUAAGCUACAAAUUAUAAAAUGAUUCGGUUUUACAUUUCUACGGAUUUAUAUCGAUUUGUACGUACAAAUACUAAUUGUGUUGUAGCGUGAUUGUUUUUUUAAUAAAAUGAACAGGUCUGGUCGUUUGUUGAAUGAUAAAAUA